UAUAAUCUAUGUCCAUAGAUUAUACAGUUAUAUUUGCUCUCUAUCAUACUUCAGUCUUAUACCUACCGUAUUUAUUUACGUUCUUAUUAUGGAUUUAACAAAGUAUUAUAAUUUUAAGAACUAAAAAAUUGUAUAGUUUAACAAUUUAAAGACAUUAAAUAGGCCACUAUUUCGAGUAUCACAUUAUAAAUAUAACAAAUAUGCAACCUUUAUCAAUGCAUCCUAAGUCAGACAUUCAGAUUGAUCUGACCCAGGUUAGAAUUGAUAUUCUUCAAGGUAUCCGUGAAUGUAACAGUCGUGGUCUUGUACAAACUACGAAGUGGCUUGCAGAAUUGAAUUAUGCUUUAAGAGACCACAAGAUAACUUCCGAGGAACCUUCAGAAUCUCUGAACGAGGACAUAACGCCGGAGGAAAAGGAUGCCUACACAUUAGCAAAAUGCUACUUCGACUGUCAAGAAUACGAUAGAGCUGCCCAUUUUUUAGAGAACUGCACGAGUUCGAAAUGCGUUUUUCUUCACAAAUAUUCUUUGUAUAUGUCUAGUGAGAAAAAGCGUUUAGAUAAUGCCACAGACCUGGGUACAGAAAAUAGUGAAUCAAAUCAAGUUCUUUUGGACUUAUUGUCUUUCUUUAAAACCAACUCCAAUAACCUCGAUGGUUACUUGUUGUAUCUAGAAGGUGUUGUACUUAAAAAACUAGAUCUAAGAAGUCAAGCUGUUACAGUACUGCAAGCUUCUGUUCAAGCAGCACCUACAUUAUGGGCAGCCUGGAUAGAGUUGGCAGGCUUGGCCAAUGAAUAUGAGGCACUAGAUUCAUUACAACUACCGAAACAUUGGAUGAUGUACUUUUUUGCAGCUCAUGCAUUUGUGGAACUGAAGCUAUCAGAACAAGCUUUGGAAGCUUACAUGGUGUUGGCUGCAGCAGGAUUUGAGAAGAGUACAUAUAUAACAGCACAAAUGGCUAUAGCGCAUCAUGACAGAAGAGAUGUGGAUUCUUCACUUGCUUUGUUCAGGUUAUUAUACGAGAAUGAUCCAUAUCGACUAGACAACUGGGAUGUUUACUCUCAUCUGUUAUAUUUGAAGGAAAAACGAAUGGAACUUGCAAAUUUGGCACAAAGGGCAGUCUCCAUUGACAAAUACAGAGUAGAAACGUGUUGUGUUAUAGGUAAUUAUUACAGCUUAAGAUGUGAGCACCAAAAAGCUGUGAUAUACUUCCAAAGAGCUUUAUCUCUAGACCCUCAGUACUUGUCUGCGUGGAUCCUUAUGGGGCAUGAAUUCAUUGAACUUCAAAACUCCAAUGCUGCAAUACAAUGUUAUAGGCAAGCCAUUGAUGUAAACCGAAAUGAUUAUAGAGCAUGGAACGGUCUAGGACAAGCAUAUGAAAUACUAGGGUUGAAUAGUUACUGUAUUUACUAUUACUCUAGAGCCGCUCAACUGAAACCUGAUGAUUCAAGGAUGUUGGUGUCUCUCGGUGAAGCAUAUGAGAAAAUGGAAAAAAUACCUAAUGCAUUGAAAUGUUAUUACAAAGCGCACAGUACAGGCGAUAUUGAAGGCAUGGCUUUAUUCAAAUUAGCCAAGUUGUAUGAAAGGUCGAACAUGCCAAACAGUGCUGCGGCUGCGUACACAGCGGCGUGCCAGGAUCCCGCGAACUCCGGCAGCAAGGAACUGCCGGCGGCGCAACGGUACCUAGCGCAGUAUUACCUUAGGUUCUCACUGCUUGAUCACGCGGCACAUUACGCCUAUAAAUGUUUGGAGCAUGAGAGUACUAAAGAAGCAGGAAAGAACAUAUUAAAAAUGGUUUCCGAAAAACGGUUAGCAGCGUCUUCGUCCCAGUCGUCAGAUUUACCUGAAGACUUACCAGAGGCAAUCAAGAAUGUGUCAACGGUGUCCAUAACACAGGACAUUCCCAAAACACCGCUACCUAGUCCCAAUGUUACUCCAGAGAACUUCUCGACCCCGGUUUUCACGCGAAAAAACAGUAAAUAUAAACUAUAAAUCUAAGAAAAAUAGCCGUCUUAAAAACAAGAAAACCUUCGAAUGUCAGCAAUUUGGAAACUAACAUGGAUUCAAAUUCUAUAGUUUACCGUAUGACAAACGGUUAUUUAUUUAUUUGGGAAACAAACAGUACAAUACAAACAUAUAAUACUUAAAAAAAUAUAGCUAAAACAAUAACCAUAUAAUAUAUUUCCACAAUCAAAAUCACAUAUAAAUAGAAAGUGAACAGAGAAGAGAAAUUUAGAAAUUUAAAUUACAAAAAAACAAAGCAACACUACGCAUAUAUUAUUUUAUACAUCAACUUACACUAUAAAACAAUACUCAUCGAACUAAAUCACCUUAUAAAUAUUUUAAAAUAGCUUUUCUAUACUCGAAUUUUCUACACAUACUCGUAAUAUAACUACUGGUUCAUCUUCUUUUAAAUUAUUUGAACCAUUUUUUAAUCCUAUUUUCUUUUUCAGAGCUUUGAUCUUCCCUAGAAUCAGGGUGUAGAAGAAACCCUGAAAAUGAGAUAAAAUAUGAUCUCGACUUUGGUGAUUCGUGAUUGGGUGUUUCGUUCAAAAAAAACAAUAACAAAAAUUGUAAAUACUAUAUGCAAUUAAAGUGUGAAUAAAGUUCUGAUCUGAAGUUAGUUAAUAUUUUGUUAA